AUGUCGACCCCGUCAGACACAUCAAGCGCAAAGCGGAAGAGAGGCUCGACCAAAUUCUAUGCCGUCAAGGCUGGUCGCAUCCCGGGCAUAUACCACAGCUGGGAAGAUUGCAAGCGGCAGGUCGAGGGUACGCGUUCAGUCUACAAGAGUUUCAGUACACUCGCUGAAGCAAACGCGUUCAUAAACGGCAACCCCUCUGCCACAUCAAGUUCAAAAGCACAGAACGGAAAGCCGGGAAAGUUUUAUGCGGUAGCUUCUGGGGUAGUACCGGGCAUUUACACAGACUGGCCUACGGCACAGGCUCAGGUUGAGACCAGAGGCGCGAAAUAUAAGUCCUUUGCGACACGGCAAGAGGCGCAAACCUGGUUCGACGCCAACAAGAGGGAUUGGAGUGUUCCUAUCAGUAUGCGAGGCGACCUCUCCGAGACUUCCUCAUUAGCGACUGGCAAAGGGAGGGAGACAGUCGAGCUUUCGCCUAAGAAGCAGAAAAAGAACAACGGAUCAGCUGCCCCUACUCUUACGAAUGGCCAUAUCAACUUUGACCCUGGGUACGGUCCGCUGCCUGCAGAUGCCGAGGAUGGAUUCGAUACAACGCUCAAGCUCGAUCUUGACAGUGGUGCCAUCAGACUGAAGACAGAGGCGGAAUCGAUUGCUACCAAGACACAACCGACCGGUGACUUUACGGGUCCAAUCAAGGUAUUCACCGAUGGUAGCUCCAUUGGAAACGGCAAAGCUGGCGCUGUGGCUGGAGUGGGGGUAUACUUUGGUCCAAACGAUUCGAGAAAUGUAUCCGAAGCUCUACGCGGGACAAAACAAACAAAUCAACGCGCCGAACUGGUCGCCGUCGCUAGAGCAUUAGACCAUGUUCCCAUUGACCGCGACGUCCUGAUCCACACUGAUUCACGCUACUCCAUAUCUUGCCUCACAGAGUGGUUCGUAAAGUGGGAGACCAACGGCUGGAAGAGCGCGAAUGGCAAAGAUGUCGAUAACAAAGACCUGGUCGAACCCAUCCUUGCCAGGAUACGGGAGCGGGAAAUGAGCAAAGCAAAGACCCAAUUUCAAUGGGUAAAGGGCCAUGCUAAUCACCCAGGCAAUGUUGCCGCAGAUCGAUUGGCUGUGACUGGAUCAAGGAACAGUACUUCGUAUCUUAGAAGUGCGGAAGAGUUCUCCGUCACGCUGAGAACGCCAACAGGGUCGCGAAAGUCAACGGAUAAGGAACGAAAGGUGGUGGAGGACGAAGCCGCAAAUGAUGAGUUAUUCGACUUGUAUGAAACUGACCAAUCGAUGAAUCCAUUCGAACUGCCUUCGCAGGCAGCCACCAAGAAUGAUCGGAAAGAGACUACACAAACGAAUGGCGCUACAGGUGGACAACAAAAGGGUAAUGAUGAAACGGACCUCGACUUUGUCGAUAGCCCGGCGGGAUUCCUCUUCCAGACUCUACAUCGCUGA